GACAACAACAAAUUGUCUUUUUUCGUAUUAAAUAGAAAAAAGUGGCCAAGAAUUUGUUUAUACAUACAAACGUGUGUGCAAUUGAAUGUGUGUUGUGUAUUUAAUUUGUGUCCAAGCGAAUAACGACGUAUUAAAUCAGUGUGAAAAGUGAAAACAAGCGAGAAAAAGCGCCGCAAAGUAGUCAACGCCUUCUUCCUGUGGACUAACAGCAAUCGUCAAAUUCCAAAGCGCCAAUCUAAACAGACGCUGAGGCAUUAACGCUGCAGCAAACUAUUCGAGCUCGUUUCAACAUUCUAAGUGCAUCAUCCAGCAAACUGUCUGCGUAGCUGAGCGCCCAAUACGAUGCCGGCGGAAAUUAAACCAUCCGCGCCCGCUGAGCCGGAAACGCCGACCAAGAGCAAAGCCAAGAGCAGCUCAUCGACCUUCUCCAAGGCUGCACUGGCGCGUGUCACACUGCUCGAUGGCUCCAUACUGGAUGUCACCAUUGAUCGCAAGGCCAAGGGUCGUGAUCUGGUCAACUCCAUCUGCGCUGGUCUGAACAUCAUUGAGAAGGACUACUUUGGUCUGACAUAUGAGACGCCCACGGAUCCACGCACUUGGCUGGAUCUGGAGAAGCCUGUGGCAAAGUUCUUUCGCACCGAUCCCUGGCCACUUGGAUUCGCUGUCAAGUUCUAUCCGCCGGAGCCGUCGCAGCUCCAGGAGGACAUUACGCGCUACCAUCUGUGCCUGCAAGUGCGCAAUGACAUCCUCGAAGGACGUUUGCCCUGCACUUUUGUUACGCAUGCGCUGCUCGGCUCGUACCUGGUGCAAUCCGAAAUGGGCGACUAUGAUCCCAAGGAAAUGCCCACUCGCAACUAUCUGAAGGACUUUAAAAUCGCACCCACUCAAACCACAGAGCUGGAGGAUAAGGUCAUGGAUCUGCACAAGACGCACAAGGGCCAAUCGCCUGCUGAGGCUGAGCUGCACUAUUUGGAGAAUGCCAAGAAGCUGGCCAUGUAUGGCGUUGAUUUGCAUCCGGCCAAGGACUCUGAGGGCGUCGACAUUAUGCUGGGCGUCUGUGCGUCCGGGCUGCUGGUUUAUCGCGACAAGCUACGCAUUAAUCGCUUCGCUUGGCCUAAGAUCUUGAAGAUCUCGUACAAGCGUCAUCAUUUCUACAUCAAGAUACGACCGGGCGACUUCGAGCAAUACGAAUCCACCAUCGGUUUUAAGCUUGCCAAUCAUCGGGCUGCCAAGAAGCUGUGGAAAUCCUGCGUGGAGCAUCACACCUUCUUCCGUCUGAUGACGCCGGAGCCCAACACCAGGUCCACGCUAUUCCCACGCUUCGGCUCCAGGUAUCGCUUCUCCGGACGCACCCACUACGAGAGCAAGGCCACGCCCGUGGACCGCACAGCGCCCAAGUUUACGCGUGCGCUGUCCGGCGCGCGUCUCUCCUCACGCAGCAUGGAUGCUUUGGCUAUGGCUGAGAAGGAGAAGGUCGCUCGCAAGAGCAACACCUUGGACCAUCGCACGGAUCGCAACAAUGACAUCGAUUUGCAUAGCCGCAGUCCCAUUAAGAAGGACAAAAAGGACAAGUUAAUACGCGACUCGAGCACGGGCACCGCUUCAGCCUCCUCGCAGAGCUCGCUCGAGGGAGACUAUGAGACUCACAUCGCUGAAGAGGCGGCGUCCGCAGUUGCCGACCUUCAACCUUUAGACCAGGAGGAAGAGAAGGAGCGUUUGCGCGAGAAGAAGCAGCGUGAGAAGGAGGAAAAGGAGCGCAAGGAGCAAGAGAAGCGUGAGCAGAAGGAGCGCGAAAAGGCUGAGAAGGCAGCUAAGGCAGCCGCUGCUGCUGCCGCUGCCGCUGCCGCCGCUGCUGGUGCUGGAGUCAAUGGCAAUGAUGAGCUUAAUGACUCCAAUAAGUCCGAUAAGUCGGGCCGACGCGGCGUUGGUAUAUUCUCGUCGGGUCGCAAGAGCAAGAGCGGUUCACCCUCCAAGGAGGACAAGAACAAAGACAAGGAUAAGGACAAGGAAAUGGGUCGUCUUGGUCUAGUUGUUACAUCUGGCAUGGGCGAGCAGCCGCAAGAUGAUGCCGCAGCUCAGAAGCAGCAGCAGCAACGCGGCUCCACCACUCCCGGCGUAACGCGUCCUUAUGAGUACGCCGUGGAUGGUGAUGGCAAUGCCAGUCCCACGCGCAAGUCCUACACGCCUGGCGGCUUCCGUUACGAUCAGGAUCCGCACAGUGGCAAGCAGCUGGGUGCCGAUGGCCAGGAGCAAAUGUCGCCCACAUCGCAGCAGAAGAAAAUUGGCCUGGCCUUCAACUAUGCGCCAGGCAAUGAGUCGGCACUGAAGGAGACCGCUGCCAAGCUGAAGUCCGGCCAGCUAUCGCCACGCACCCAGGACAAGCUGGACCGCGGUCAGCUGUCGCCCACGUCGCGCGCCAAGCUGCUCAAGGAUGCAAGUCUGUCACCCACGACGCGUGCCAAGCUGCAAGGCAGCGCAGUCGAUGCUGCUGCUGCGGCGCUGAGCGAUGCCCAGAAGCGCAGCUACUCGCCCACCAAGGGCGCUGGCCAGCAGGGCUACACCUCUGGCGCUCCAGGCAGCUACAAGCCGCUGGAUCCCACGGCUGAGUUUCUGGAGUCGCAGCGCUACAACAAGGAGCCCGGCUAUGUGGGUCCAGCUAAGCCCGCGAGCACGCCCACUAAGGCAGCUGCUGGUGCAGCUUUGAGUGCUGCUGGAGCUGCUGCUGCUGCUGCCGCUGCCAAGCCCAAGAAGAAGCGCGUCAAGAUUAUGGUCAUAACCUCCAAGUUUGAUCCAUCAACCAAGCGCAUUGAUGCCGAGAACGGCAGCAUUGAGCACUCCACUGGCAUUUUGGAUCCAGCUACGGGUCGCAUUGAUACCAAAUAUGGCGUCAUCGAUCCCAAGCAGGGCACCUUGGAGGCGCUGAACACCAAGACGGGCAAGAAGGAGCUGUACCAAGGUGACUUGGAUGCCAAGACGGGCAAUCUGCAUUUGGUGCAUGGUGUCUGCGAUCCCAAGACAGGCCGCGUUGACGACUCCUUGGGUCAGAUUGUGUGCAUAACGCCGCAAGAUAAUCCAGUGGUGGAGCUGACUGUCAUUACCAGUCGUAUUGAUCCGGCUACGGGCAAGAUUGAUACCGUCAAUGGCGAUGUGGAGCGCAGCUUGGGUGUGCUCAAUCUGGACACUGGACUGCUGGACACCAAGUAUGGUGAGAUUAACACACGCACGGGCGAACUCAAGUCCAUUGAUCCCAAGUCCGGCAAGAUUCUGGUUACCAAGAAUGUUAAGGUCGAUCCAGGCACUGGUCAGAUUACCAUACUGGGCGUCAUUGAUCCCAAGACCAACAAGCUGGACGCCAGCCAAGGUCGCAUUAUCGAGGUGGGCCAACAGAUCGAUCCCAUUGUGGAGGUCACUUCGCUGGCGGGCAAGUUCGAUGCCAAGAAGAACAUUAUCGAUCCCAAGACGGCGCAGGUGGAGACCUCUGGCGGUCAGUUUGAUCCCAAGGCCGGCAAGAUCGACACCAAGUACGGCCAGAUCGAUCUGGUUAAGCACACCAUUACCUUCACCGAUCCCAAGUCGGGCAAGACGGUUACGCGCGAUAUCAAGAUCGAGCCCGCCACGGGUCAGAUUGUGCUCAAGAAUCAAAUCAAUCCCAAGAACAACAAGCCCGACAAGGAUUACGCUCGCAUCAUCUCCCUACGCAUUGUGCAGCAGCGCGUGGAUCCCCAGACCAAGGCGCCCAUUUCGCAGGUCAGCGCCGCCAAGGAUAAGGACAUUGUGGUGGAUCCCAAGUCCAACCAGAUCUGGAUGCCCACGGGCGCCAGUGAUCCCAGCACCAAGGAGCUGCAGUACAUGUCCAGCAGCGUCGAUCCCAAGACCGGCUAUGUCAUCACCAUCUACGGCUAUUUGGAUCCCAAGACCAACGAGAUUAAGAAACAGACCAAGCUAGACCCCAACAUGAUCAAGAUCGAGCCCAGCUCGGGCAAGAUCUACACCGCCACUGGUGAGGUAGACAAGGCAACUGGUGAACCGCUCUUCGCUGCCACCCAGGUGGAUCCCGAGUCCGGCGAGGUGUACACCAAGCUGGCGCGCGUUGAUCCCAAGACCGGCAAGAUAAUCAUUGUGCGCAUUCUGCUCAUCUCGAAGACCGACGAGCGCGGCCGUCCGGAGGAAGUCGAUCCGGCGAGCUGUGAGAUCGACCCCGUCUCCGGCCGCGUUCUGAAGUUCAACACCACCGUUUAUGUUUACAAUAUGGUUGAUCCCGUUACGGGUGAAAUUAUACAGGUCGAUCCCAAUGAUCCGCGCUUUGCUGGCGCUCGCACCACAGUCACCCACACCAUGACGCUAACGGGCGAAAUCGAUCCCGUUACGGGACGCAUCAAGAGCGAAUAUGGCGACAUUGAUCCGACCACGGGCGACAUCGAUCCCGCCACAGCCGUCACAGAUCCCGUCACGGGCAAGCUCAUACUCAACUAUGCGCAAAUCGAUCCCUCGCACUUUGGCAAGCAGGCGCAGGUGCAGACGACCACAGAGACGGUGCCCAUAACGCGCCAGCAGUUCUUCGAUGGCGUCAAGCAUCUGGGCAAGGGUGCACUGCGUCGCGACAGCGAGGCCAGCUCCGACGACGACAUGACACAGCAAUACGCCAGCGAGCCCGCCCACGACAUUCUGCUGGGCAGCAAAGUGACCAAGAGCACGCCCACGGUGGUGAAGACGACAACGAAACAGGUGCUGACCAAGAACGAUGGCGGCGUUACACACAACGUCGAGGAGGAGGUGCGCAAUCUGGGCACCGGCGAGGUCACCUACUCGACGCAGGAACACAAGGCUGAUCCCACACCAACUGAUUUGAGCGGCGCCUAUGUCACCGCCACUGCAGUCACCACACGCACCGCCACCACGCACGAGGAUUUGGGCAAGAAGGCCAAGACGGAGCAGCUGGAGGAGAAGACUGUGGCCACCACACGCACACUCGAUCCCAGCAAUCAGCAGCAGCGCGUCGUUACCCAAGAAGUGAAGACAACGGCAACAGUUACCAGUGGCGACCAGUAUCAGCGACGCGACAGCGUGUCGUCCACCAGCUCCGGAGACUCGGGCACACCCAUUGAUGGGCCUGGCGAUGGCUCCAGCUCUAUGGUGCGCUCCGAAUAUCAGAAAUCUCCGCUUUAUGCUACCGAUGGCAACACAACUGGGCCACAUGUUGAAAGCACGCGCGUGGUGCUAGGCGAGGAUACGCCCGGCUAUUCAGGACAUGGCGAGAUCAUCUCAACACAAACAGUGAGCAGUAAAACACGCACCGUCGAAACGAUUACCUACAAAACCGAACGCGAUGGCAUUGUUGAAACCCGUGUGGAACAGAAGAUAACUAUUCAAUCCGAUGGCGAUCCAAUUGAUCAUGACAAAGCCUUGGCUGAGGCAAUACAAGAAGCGACGGCCAUGAAUCCAGACAUGACAGUCGAGAAGAUUGAAAUUCAACAGCAAACGCAGUAGUUUUUAUAAUUAAUUUUAAUUUAACAUACAUGAAAAUAUAAAAAGUAAAUGCCGCACAUCCCCUACCAAUACAUAUACACAUAUAUACACACACCACACUCACACCACCUACAUGCAAACAAAUCAAAAGCACAGUACACCUUUUUAUACCACAUAUACUAUAUAUACAUACUAUAUAUACCUACGCUCGUUUAGAGUUGCAGCCACAUGACUAAAACCGCAAAUCAAUUCAAUUUAUUAUACGAUUUAUAUAAAUGUAUUUUUUAUUGAGCCUAUCCAUAACGUCUAUAUGAGAUACAAACAAAAGAAAAAAAGGCAAUUUUUGCUAGCAUAUGUUUAUAAUUUU